AUGGCUUCGAUAACCUCGCUCCUCCCUUCGUCCUCGUGGGACGUCCACGUCCACGUCUUUGAUCCCGUCAAACACCCUUACAUCCCCCGAACACGCUACACGCCUCCAGCGCGCAGCGUUGGCGACCUGCUGCGCGAAACCCACACGCACAACUAUGUCAUUGUCAUGUCCGGCCCAGAGGGCACCAACACCUCGCACACCGAAGAGGCCAUGGCCGAGCUGCAGGCCAAGGGACACAAUGCGUGCGGUGUGGUUGUCAUGGACACGGAGCAGAUGACGCCCACAGAGCUGCAGCGACUCGACCGCGCGGGUGUGCGCUCCGUGCGAUUCAACACGCAACGCACGGGCACCAGCCUGGAGGCGCUGCUGGAACAGACUGCGGGCAAGAUUGCUGCGGCGGGCCUGGGUUGGAGCAUCGAGGCGGCCAUCUUCGAGGUGGCGCUCUGGCAGUCGCUCAUCCCGACGAUGCGGAAGCUGCACAGGCAAUUCGGCACCGUCUUCGUGGCCGACCACAUCUUUGCAGCGCAGCCCGAGGAGCUGGGCUCGACGGCCUUGAGCCAGGUGCUGGAUCUUGUGGACGAGGGCGUCGUGGUCGUCAAAAUCUCUGGGUUGACCAAAUACAACCGCAACCCGGAGGCCAUGAUGCCAAUUGUCAAGGAGAUUCUCAAGAAGGGCGAUGGACGCGGCGGCGUGUUCGCCAGUGACUGGCCGCAUGUCUUUUCUCAUCCGGGCGCGACGGACCUCAUGGAGGUUGAUAUACCAGCACAUCUGACAUUAUUAAAGGCUGUGUGUGAUGAAAUUGGCAACGGUGCCUGGGAGAAGCUCAUGAGAGACAAUGCUGUAGCUUUGUAUGCAAUGAAUUGA